CCCACUGAGCUCAGGGAUGUGGAUGUGAGGUGGGCAAGGAAGGCAGAUGGCGACAAGGAACAGCCUUAAUCCCAUGCCUACAGGUGCGGCUCAGGGUGACCCUGGAGAGGCAGGAGCACUGCCCGGCUCUGAUGCUGGCAUCCGGGACACAGAUUCAGCCACCCAGCUGAAGGUGAAGCCCAAGAAGGUGCGUAAGAUCAAGGCACUCAUCAUCGACCUGGGCUCCCAGUACUGUAAGUGUGGCUAUGGGGGCGAGCCGAGACCCACCUACUUUAUCUCCUCCACUGUGGGCAAGCGCUGCCCUGAGGCAGCCCACGCUGGUGACACCAGCAAGGAGACCUACGUAGGCCAUGAGCUGCUCAACCCAGAGGUGCCACUCAAACUGGUUAACCCACUCAAGCAUGGCGUCGUGGUGGACUGGGACUGUGUCCAGAACAUCUGGGAGUACAUCUUCCACACAGCCAUGAAGAUCCUUCCCGAGGAGCAUGCUGUGCUGGUCUCCGACCCUCCGUUCAGCCCCUUCAGCAACCGAGAGAAGUAUGCGGAACUCAUGUUCGAGACCUUCAGCAUCCCUGCCAUGCAUGUGACGUCCCAGUCGCUGCUGUCCAUCUACUCCUACGGGAAGACCUCGGGGCUGGUGGUGGAGAGCGGACACGGUGUCUCUCACGUUGUGCCCAUCUCGGAAGGCAGCGUUGUGCCUGGCCUGACGAUGCGCACUGACUAUGCAGGGAGCGACCUCACCAACUACCUGAUGCAGCUGCUCAACGAGGCGGGCCACAAGUUCACGGAUGACCACCUGCACAUCAUCGAGCACAUCAAGAAGAAGUGCUGCUAUGCGGCCCUCAUUCCGGAUGAGGAGGUCAGCCUGCCCCUGGAGGAACUGCGUGUGGACUACGAACUCCCCGACGGCAAGCUCAUCACCAUUGGCCAGGAGCGCUUCCGGUGCUCUGAGAUGCUCUUCGAUCCCACCCUGGUGGGCUGCAGCCAGCAGGGCCUCCCUGCACUCACGGCUGCCUGCCUGAGUCACUGCCAGGAGGCAGGGUUGAAGGAGGAGAUGGCUGCCAACGUCCUGCUGUGUGGGGGCUGCACCAUGCUAGAUGGUUUCCCUAAGCGCUUCCAGAGGGAGCUUUGUCUCCUCUGUCCUGGUGACAGCCCCAUUGUGGCUGCUGCUCCUGAGAGGAAGACCUCCGUGUGGACUGGUGGCUCUAUCCUGGCCUCCCUCCAGGCCUUCCAGCAGCUCUGGGUCAGCAAGGAAGAGUUCCAGGAGCGAGGCAGUGUCGCCAUUUACAACAAGUGCUGA